GCAUAGAGUGUGAUCAUCACCACAUUGAGGCUUUGCUCUUUUAUCUCUGUGAAUUCAGAUUCUCUUCAGAAAUUUUCUCCAUUUUUCUUGUUCUUGUUUUAGUGUUGUACUGUAUGGCAGCCAAUUUGCAGAGCCGUGGACUCGUGAGUUUGGGGAAGCGAGUCGUGAACCAGAUCAGUUACGCAAGUGCUCGAACUACUGCUAACUCACCUUUUCUCUCUGCCAGGAGGGGAGUGCAGACAUCAGUGUACGACAAGAACCCAGAGGAUGAUGUGCGUGAUUCGGUGGUGCCAGAUGAAGUGAUAGAGCCACAUUCAGAAAAGUACUGGGCUCCUCACCCACAAAGUGGGGUGUUUGGGCCUGUAGCCACUGAUAGUGCUGGCCGUGGCUUUCACUCCUCACCCGCCACUGCUGCUGCUGCUGAAUCCGUCUUGGAGGAGAAGGCCUUCUUCCGUCCUCUCGAGGACUUGGACAAGCCCGAUAACCCUUAACUUUUCAUAAUUGCUCCUAUAACUAUAUAUAUUAAGUGGGUAUUAGUAAAGCUGUUUGCGUGUGGUUAUGUGAGUCUCUGUUUUAUCAAGUUUUAAGGUGCAGUAUAUAGACUACUAUUAGAGUAAAGCUGCACUGCUUUUGAAGAUUCAUAUGAUAAUGUAAUAUGGGUGUCUUUUGUUAGGGUUACGUAACGGCUGAUCUAUGCCAUAGUAUCCUUAUGAACUUUUUUGCUUUUAGAA